AUCAAGUACUAAGUUUUGAAGAAAUACUAAACUUCAAACAUGACUUGAAAGAUACUUUGCCUUGGUAACUUUACUAAUUUCCUGAUGGGGAGUUGAGUAUAUUAUCACUCAUUUAAUAUCAGUAUCCGCCAUUUUUCUUAUCUAAAAUAUCCGCUUCCCCACUUAGAAUUAUCUGUGCAACCUACCAAGUGACAUAAUAUAUCUUGUUUGAAGAUCUUAAAUAAAUAAUGCUGAAUGUCUAGCAACAUAUUUCUCCAGCUAUUAAGCAAUGGCAGUAAAAGAGACCAAUCCCAUGCUUUUAUUGAACAACAUCCUGGGACAGUUCCCAGAUAUAUGUGUGACUCAGGCAUCUAUAUUAUCUGUAUCCUUUUGUUUAGAGUCUGUGUGAAGACUUAAGGAUCCCAGCAUCUCUGUCUAACAAUCUGGACAAAUGCAGAGAACAGAUGUCACUCAGGUUUUAAUUGUGGAGUUCUUGAUGCUCUCUGAGUUUGAUUAUAUACUGCAAACCCCACACUCAUUGGCACUGAUGAAGUUAAGUUAACUGGGUAAUGAAAUGCCUGCAAGCAUACAAGCAAGCUCAGGGAGCACUAAAAACCCCAUAAUUUAGACAAAGUAUAGCCUCAUCUUGCCUGCAGAUGCCAUAUUUCUGGUCACUGUUGGAAGAAAAGAGAAAACAUUAAAUUAUUUUAAAGUUCUGCUACAACACUGCCGUACAAAGUAACUGGGGUUAAAAAAUAACAACAACUGAGUCUCUGCAUCUCUAACAAAAUAUCUCUGGAUUUUUUUGGAGGAAGGUUUUCUGUUUCCCUCAUUGUGAAAUGUGAUCCUUUGCCUUUAGCUACACUGUUUUGAAGUAGUUUUAUCUUUAUCUUUUAAUAAUCCUUAGGAAAGGGCACUUAAGAAUUAGACAGCUUUUGUUUACCAUAUUAUAGAAAUAAAGACUUUUUUAAAAUUAGACUUCUGCUGUGCUGAACCAACUGAUCUGCAAUAAGAAUUGGGAUAGUGUGAGUACAUCCUGCUACAUUCCCUUGAGUGCUAAUCUCUUCUGUUGAACAUACAAUACCAUAGUGCACAACACAAAGUCUUCUUACUGGUCUUUCCUGUUUUCUGUCAAAGGACUCUUUAUGACCAAACUGAAUGGAUUAAAAGGAGAGUUAAGCAUUUCAGAUAAUACAUGUCUGUAUUUCCAUGUCCUCAUUUAUAGUAAUGCUAUUUCAAUUUUUCUUUCAAAUGGCAUGGAUUCUUUUCAUGGUUUUAAUUACAUAUUGAAUGUUUGGUCUUUGUAGGUUUUUGGGGAGAAAAUGGGAAAAUAUGCCCCAUUUGAGGAAAAAUUGUGUUAAUUCUUCAGCUCUUGAAGAGUUGUAAAAAAACAAACGCUUCUGUGAACUUGAUAGCAAAGGAUUUAUGAUCUCUGCCAUCGAAAUGAAGUCUUUAAAGUGGAUAAAUUUCAUAGAAGAUUUAUGGACAAAGAUAUAAGAUACUCUUCUACAUCAGCAAGCCUGCAGUGUAAUAUGUAUUGAAAAGCUUGCGAAGCAAUGCAAAGAUCUGGGAAAGAACUUUCCAAAACUCUCCACCGGGAAGAUAAGGAAGUAAAUGAAAUGACUGAAGGUGUCUCUUCACUUCCUUCUCCCCUUCUCUGCUUGAGUGGUGAGGGAAACACGCAAGCGGAAAUGCUGGAAAAAGCCCAGGAGCUCUUCCGGCUCUGUGACAAGGAGGAGAAGGGCUUCAUUACAAGAUUUGACAUGCAACGGUUACAAAGUGAACUACCAUUCACGACUGAACAGCUGGAAGCUGUUUUUGACAGUCUGGUGCAGGACAAUAAUGGUUACCUCACCCCAGUAGAAUUCAGUGUAGGCCUAGGGAAGUUCUUUGGAAACAAGCCACACCAAAACUCUGAAAAUGCCAGUCACGAGGAGACCUUUGAGUCUAGCUGGUCGGAGGAAUUGGAGCAGACAGAUGAAGGGGAGAAACAGUUUUGUUCUGUGUUGGAGCAGCUGGAAGCAUCCCAGGUCUUUGAAGAUCAGGGUGAAGUUCAAGAGCUUUGGGUUCGAAUCCGAAAAGGGGCACCCGAACUCCUAGCCAGUUUCGAAGAGUUUCUUUUCCAUAUUUCCUCAUACAUCAAGGAUCUGCACCAUGAGAAAGAAUCCAUUGAACUGGUAUUAAAACGAAGAGAGACAGACCAUGACCGAGAAAUCAGGUGUCUCUAUGAGGAAAUGGAGCAACAAAUUAAAGCUGAAAGGGAGCGGCUGGUCCAGCAGGAGUCAUCAACAAGGCUUGAGAAAAACAACAUGUUUCAGAAAGAGUUGCAUAACAAAGAGCAAGAAUUUGAGAAAAUUCUUUACCGGCAGAAAAAGUUGGAACAUCAGUUACACUGCCAGCACUCUGAGCAGCUAGAAAUGCAUAUACAAAAUGAGAGAUUACAAAUUCUGAGUGAAAAUCUCCUCAAUCAGCUGGAGAGGACCAAAUGGGAGCUGGAAGCAGCUCAAAGUCGUUUGCAAGAAUUGCAGAAAGAAGCUCAGGUAGAGCAGGAAUGGAAGAACAGAGAUAUAUUUCAAGCUUCUAAGAAUAUGCAGAAAGAAAAACAAAGCCUCUUGCGUCAGUUGGAGCUCCUCAGGGAGAUGAACAAAAACCUGCGAGAUGAGAGAGACGCAGUUGAAGCUAAGAAGAUGGUCAGUCUGAAAAAGAACGUUUUAAUCCCCAGUCACUGCUCCUUUGCCUGCUGUCGUUGCUGCCAUCCCUUGGGGACAUUUCAUUUACCUGGGGGAUACUAACAGAAACACAGAGUUUAAUUAUCUUUUGAAAGGAUGUUUCUUUUCUAAGUCUAAAUGGAGAGAGGACUGCAUUUUUGCAAACCCCAGUCAUUGCC